ACUUUGUCGAUGAUGAUGGAUGGAGGGUGGCGACUUCCCGUUGCACCCUCACCGCCACCUCACACGCGCGCGCCCCACCGAUCAUUCCUCGUACAUGAUGGGCUGGCAACGGCGAAGCUCUGCCACAGACACACACACACACACACAGAGACAGACAGACAGACAAUGUGACUGUGUCACCCUCCCGUGUCUGUCUGUCUGUCUCUCCUUCUCCUUACCGUCGCCCUGCAGGUGCAUGGACGUGCACGCCACCAUAUCCAGAAAAGACGACUGCCGCCCCACUCCCGCCCCCUUGCUGUGCUGUGGGUGUGGGUGUGGGUGUGGGUGGGCAGCAGGCGGCCCCGGCUGCCGCACGCCGCACCACACGCCAGCCAGCAGAGGAAAUGGCGCGGGGCUGCCCUGCGGGGUCGUGCUCGUGCUGUGCGGGUGCGGGGGAGGGUGGGGCGGCACGGGCGACGACGCGCUGUUGGCCAAGGCCACGAGCGUCUGCAGCGGCACCGAGAUGCUCCUGCUGAUGUCAGUCUUGGUGGUGGUGUGUGUGUGGGGCGGCGGGGGCGGGGACGGCACGGCAGCCACGGUCGUGGUCGUGUUGGUCGUGUGGGUGGACAUCGUCGAGGUGGAUCUGCUGGGCGGGGUGCCCGUCUGCGAGCCGGCGAUGGUGGAUGGGGUGGAGGGGUAGAAGGGGUGGUGGGGGUGGCUGAGCGUGGGGGAGCCCGUCGACGAGGAGCACGCCGAAAUGAUGCUGGGGUCCACCGUGACGGCCAGGGGAUGAGGAUGCCGCUUGGUGUUGAUGGGCGCCAGAGGCACCGACUGCUGCACGGUAAGGGUAGGGGGAGGGGGCAGGGGGGGCGCGGCGGGCGGCUGCUGCUGCUGGUGGUUGUGGUUGUGGUACACCAUCGCCCCGUCAUGCUGCUGAUGCUGCAGCUGGUGAGACGGCGGCUGAAGGUGCGGCUGCGCCAGGUCGUCUGCCUUUCCGCCCCCACUGCCGGCGUCCCCCGUGGCCGUUGCCGUCUCCUCCAUGGAAGCAGGGGAGUCCAUCGACCUGUUGGAGCCCUCCCCAUCGGUGCCCGUCGACACGUCGCUCGCUGGCGCACCAGCACCCACGCCAUAGGGCCCGUGACGAUGCGGCACCACAACCGUCGGGUGGGGCGGUCGUGGGUGUGGAUGAGGGCCAGGCACCACCACAGCGCCACCAUUGCCGCUGCCGGCGGUGAUGGGUUUGGUCCUUGGGGUGGGGUGUGCGGAUGGGGCGGGUGAGUGUGGGUGUGAGAGGCUGCCAUUGACAAUGACAUUGCCACCAGUGGGGCCCUGGAUGUCUGUGGUGUGUCGGUAUGGGUUAGCGAGGUUGAGCAGGCCGGGAUUGGGGGGCAUCUCCUUGCGCGCCCGCAGCUGAGACACUCCGUGGGCAAACCGACACUUGUUGCCGUUCAGACACCGACCUACGAAACAAAGCAACACACAACACAACACAACACAGCAGAGAGCGACAGACACAUUCGGGCGUGCUGUCGCGGUCACCACACCGGCUCACCUACCUUUCCGGUAGAAGAAGCAUAGUGAGGUUUUGUAAGCGAGCAGCUCGGUGGAGUUCCUGAGGUCCUCCUGUGUGUGGGCGUACUGGCAGUUGGGAAUGCCGCAGGGCACACCCUUGGUCACCGACUCACACAGUUUCGUGUUCUGCAGAUUCGGAAGCGGCCGCAUCUCGUCCUACACAACGUUGCAAAACACAAACACACAAACACAACACAACACAACACGGCAGGCACACAGAGCGUCGAUCAAAGCGAUGCCCUCCCUCACCCCCUCUCUCUCCGUGCGUCUGUCUGUCUGUGCGUCAUGUGCCCGGACCCACCCACGCACCGACCCACCGACCGAGCGACCUACCUGUGAGUGUGCGUAUGUGCAUCUUGGUCCCGACGCACAGUGCCCCUUGAGGUAGAAGGGGCACAUCUUGGUCUUGAUGAACUGCUCCUUCAUCCUGGAUGGACGGCCGGAUCAAGGAAGGGGAGGGAGAGGACUCGACCAAAACCUC